UCAUCUCCGGUAGGUAAACCGAAUCAUUGAGGGACACUACCUGCGUUAUCCUGCAAUUCUCACAAACGCAUUAGUCCCUCAACCAACUUUGUCGUCAAUACUCCAAAACCAACUAGGGGUGGCAAUAGAUGCACUUACACCAGCGCUCCCAAAGAUCUACGAACUGCCUUCUACAACUCACCUUUUGGGGGAAACCUGUGGAGGCCCUUCGCCCAAGGGCACAGGACCUCAACAGCUUCGGGGACUACUGUCGGGGGGAUGACCCCUCGGGUAGGCUCAGAGAUACAAGACAACAUUUCAAAACAUCGGGUCGGCUCGACACCCUCAUGGCCGUCUGGGCGCGUUCCCUGGCCGGGCCGACUGGGUCAGCGCCCGUCCCAUCCAUCCGUGCCAGCAACAGGGCGAGGUGACCCCCACAUCGUGGAGAGCGUGGCUAUAGUGCCGUUGGUAUUGCUGACCGAGGCGACCAACUCCCGGACUGCGCGGCACUAUACACGCAUCGCGUCAACCACUCCGUGAUGUCACGGCCUAUGCGCCACAGUGACAAGCAGCCGGCGGGCCCUGCAUUCGGCAGGCCCCAUGGCCAAUAGUACCCUGUAGUCAGUGGGCCCCACCAAAGGCUAGAGACGCCGGCAGCCAGAUCCCGCCCCUCUCUCAGAUAUUUUGUAACCUAGGAGGCCCAAGUAUAAGACCUCCCAGGAGCCACCCAAACAGCUCCAGGAGCAACCGUGUAUUCCUUGUGAUCUCCAUAGUGAUCCUUGCAGGACUACGGGUAUUACCUCCCUCGGAGGGCCUUGAACCUGAGUACGUCUCUGUUCACAGUGCUUGUGCCUAAUCUCGCGUUCGGAUGCCACCGGUGCUCAUUGGCCCCAACCACCCUCGAUAAGCCAUCCCAUGGCAUCUGUGAGAACACCAUGACAGUUGGUGCCCACCGUGGGGCCUGACGUGGCUCCGGCUAGAGUCACGUUCUGGACGAGACCCUUCACUCCCUCUAGCGAGCGCAUAGUGCACGGCCUAGUCAGCAGUCUCGAUGCGUUCGACGGUGCUGACGAUGAUGCAGCGCGCUUCGCCGACGCCGCCUCCCCCGCAAGCGGCUCCAUUGUCCCCUUUGGCGAGCUCCAUGUCUAUGUCGCUCUCGUCCCCGACAAGUACCCUAGCAGGUGCUCACCUUCGUCGACCCGCCGCUCCCAAGCGGCUGCGGCGUCUCCGAUGACGUCACGGACCUCUGCACUCGCGUGGAUGUGCUGACCACCGGCUCCAGCCGCAACUGCCGCGGCCGGCGGCCGCGCCAGCCGGGUGAACCCGUCGCACGCGGCGGUUUAGAACCUGCGCACUCCCAUCGUGCCCAACACCGACCCCGCUGCUGCCGCGGCCGAGCUUGAGGAGGCACGCGUGCGCCUGCUCGACGGAGCCACGGAGCUUUCCAUCGGUACCGCUGAUCGAGGCGACCAACUCCCGGAUGUCCCGACACUUUAGAAGCAUUGCGUCAACCACUCCGUGACGCCAUGACCUACGCGCCACAGUGACAAGCAGCCGGCGGGCCCCGCAGGCGGCGGGACCCACAGCCAGUAGUACCCCGCAGCUGGCAGGCCCCACUGGAGGCCAGAGGCGCUGGCAGCCGGGGCCGGCCCCUCUCUCAUAUAUUUUGUAACAUGGGAGGCCCAAGUAUAAGACCUCCCAGGAGCCCCAUGGCAUCUGCCGUGAGAACACCAUGACACACCUCUUCCAAAUAUUGCAUUGUUUUCUUUUCUGUACAAUGUGAUAUUGAUGAUUCAGCAAAGAACUCAUGUACCAGCAAUCCUUGUGCCGUUUUGGGAACUUCAAUGCUAUACAGCUCAGUGAACCAGCUCCGCUUCUGGAGUUGCUGACAAUGGCACUGAAAGAUGACAAAUCAAUGAGUGAUGUAAACUAGAAGGACAAACUAGAAAUUGCAGAAGUGAACACUGAGAUACUGAAAGAAAAUGCUGAGAUGAUUAAUGAGUACUUCUCUAUUCACAUCGAUCAAGAUGGCAACCUGGCCAGACUUCCUGUUUUACUUGAUCAGUACACCCCUGAUAUGGAUCGCCUUCCAGAGUUCAUGUUGACUCUAGUAAAUGAUAUUUCCUGGGACGUUAAGAAAGAGUGCUUCAGAACGGCAGCAGCUGCUAUUGGAAACUCCUAUGCACUUCAUCCUCCCAUCGUUCCAAAUCCAUCUGGCAAAGGCAUUCAGUUACAAAAGAAAAAUAAAGAUUGCAUGGAAACUGCUGAACAGGCUGGUAGUACAGAUGAAGACGACAUUGAUCAAGAGCUGCUUGCGGAAGCAGAAGCCGCAUGGGCUCAACGUGAGUGGACCAUCCAGCACGUCUUGUUUCCGUCCAUGCGGCUUUUCCUCAAGCCUCCGAAGUCGAUCGCGGCAGAUGGGACGUUUGCUCAGGUUGCCUCUCUAGACAAACUCUACAAGAUCUUGGAGAGAUGCUAGUUGCCACAGGCCAUCGUCACAAGAUAAGAGAAGGAAGGGAGUCUAGAGCCUUGCUGCUGGUUCCUUCUGGGACGUGUGUGUAUAAUGGUUUCACCGUCUACCGUAUUCUCUAGGUAGUGUUGUAAUAUUUAUUUAUUUUUUUGGAAGAAAGAGCAAAAUUGAGCUCCAGUUCUGGAUUGAAAUACCAAAUAAACGCGAGAAUGUUUUUGGC